GUGAGGUUUUAGAAAUAGAGUUGUAAAUAAGUGCAGGCAUGAGCGUCAUUGAGCGGAAUUUGUCCACCCGGAGACGCAGAGACACGUUUCCAUCCAUCCGUGCGGCUGGAAAGCUCAUUCCAGUAGGUGACAGAACUAAGUCUUGUCUACAAGAAAUUACACCAAGGACUGUGACUCCACCAAUGGUUAGGAAGUUUGUGCGUUCUUUGCGGCCUCCUGUUGGGUCAGUUCGGGUCUUUCAUGGAAAAGCAAAUGACCCUGACAUCGCCAGAACUCUAGUCCAUGGUGUGAACACUCUAUCAUCCAUUAAUGCUGGCUCAAUAGUCAACCCUGCACCAAAAACACGCUUCCAGGAGAGGCUGCAACAACUACAAGAAAUCAGUCAUAGCACCAAUCAGAAAGCUCCUCUCGGGAGGUCACAAGUUCAAGGCCCCGGUUUACCAAGCUGGCUUAACCCAGAGAAAACUACUUUUGGUGUCACAACACUCUGUUUUUCUAAUGGAGGUGAAGUCAUCAAUCCACCCAAAACUGCAGAUGAGGUGAAGAAAGAAGCGGGCGAGGGACAUCAGCUCUACAUUCGCUCACACGGCUCCUAUUUUGUAGGAGAGCAUGUAGACAGGAAGUACAAUUGGAGUCACUAUGGAAGAGAAAGUAGGUUUGGUGUUUCUACGCCUCAUUAUAAUGAUGGGAGAAACAUCUCCAAAUGUCUCCACUGGCCCUGUGACUCACUAAUGCACAACAGCGCAAAAUUAGCUCCGGAACGCUGCGACGACUUGAGAGAGAAGACCCAGUCACAAAUAGGCAAAGUUCAUGAUCCAAUUGCGGAGACAUUAAACGUUCCCAGUGAUCACACAUUUGGAGUCUUGAUGAAACCUGACAGCUUUGGCGCUGUUGACCUCCUCUAUCAAACUCCACCUGGCGAAUAUCUGAAAGGUAAAGAGCGACAGCGGGCACUGGUUAGCGCCGUCCGCCAGCACCUCAAGAAGUCCAACUACCAGAAAUUCAGCUCAUUGCUGGAAGCGUUCAGAUACUAUGACAAGAAAGGUCUAGGCAAGAUCGAUAAGGAGGAUCUCAGAGAAGCAUGCCACCAGUUUAACAUGAUCAUCAGUGACCCACUGCUGGAUGAGCUCAUAGAUUACUGUGAUGUUCAUAAAGACGGACUCAUCGACUUUGUGGAGUUUUCCAAUUUUCUCAACUGGAAAGACAAAAUGCCGAUCAACAGGAUGGAGCAGAAUAUUCUUACUGGAGGGCGUGUGGCUUGGACAGCUCCAGCCAACAUGCAACGAACACACCUGCAGGAAUCCAGCACUGUGGAGCCUCUGGUUAAACCUGAAGAUCUGGAGCCUGUUGAAGAGGGAAGCACCAAAAAGACCCCUAUAACUCUAUCCAGACCGAGAACUGUGCAGAACAAGUUCAUUACGUCUAAUUCUCUCAUCAACGCUGUUGUCGGUGGUCUUUCUACCUCCAAUUAUCACACAUAUGGAGUGCCAUCAAUACGGGCUGAUCUUCCUGCUCCUCGUAUCAAAAGCAUCAGCGACAGGACAAACUAUGGAGACCAAGCAACGGCUCGUGAUCUGCUGCAUCCUCCUCUACAUUCCCUCUACGGAGUCCAUGAACAAGAGUUUUUCAGUCCUCGCACCAAAGGGGAGAUUGCUCAGAUUUUCCAGAAAGUGGGUCUGAACAUUGCUCAGGAGAUGUUUGAAGAGGCCUGGAAGCUGGCGUCUAUGAGAGAUCCUGAUGGUGAUGUAUGUGUGGAAAGCUUUCGAAAGGUUCUUGGUGAAUUGCAGGCUAAUUAA